CUUUGCUCCCACUCUUCCCCGUUGCUCCCUUCACCACGCCAAUUUCGUCUCCAUUCUCCACACCCGCAUCAAAAUGACGAAACUACCCUUCCUCUUCCUCCUCCUCCUCGUCGUCCUCUCCCCCAGCUCCGCCGAGAUCAAAACCCUAACCAUCACCUCCGACAGCCGCCCCAUGAUCCUCUUCGAGAAAUUCGGUUUCACCCACACCGGGCACGUGACGAUCUCCGUCUCCUCCGUCUCGGUGUCCACCUCGCUCUCCCCGCCGGACCCGUCCCGGCUGGGCUUCUUCCUUCUUUCUGAGGAGUCCCUCCUGCAAGUACUGGUGGAGAUCCAGCAGAACCCUCAGCUUUGCGUCCUGGACUCCCACUACAUAUCCUCUCUGUUCAACUUCCGCGACCUCUCGCCACCCCCCGCUGCCUCCUUCAACCACUCCUACCCAGUCUCCUCCCCUAACGAGUACUCCCUCUUCUUCGCCAAUUGCGCACCCGAGUCCUCUGUCUCCAUGGCCGUACGCACCGAGGUCUACAACUUAGACAGCGACGGUUCUAAGGAUUACCUCUCAGCCGGACGCACCCAUCUCCCCUCCCUCUUCUUCCUCUUCUCCAUCGCCUACUUCGCCUUCCUCGGAUUCUGGAUCUACCUCUGUUACACCAACAAGCGCGUCGUCCACCGGAUCCAUUUGCUCAUGGCCGCGUUAUUGCUCAUGAAGGCGCUGAAUCUGAUCUGCGCCGCGGAGGACAAGCACUACGUUAAGGUCACGGGCACGCCGCACGGGUGGGACGUGUUGUUCUACAUCUUCCAGUUUAUCAGGGUGGUUUUGCUAUUCACGGUGAUCGUUUUGAUCGGGACUGGGUGGUCGUUUUUGAAGCCCUUCUUGCAGGAGAAGGAGAAGAAGGUGUUGAUGAUUGUGAUCCCGCUCCAGGUGCUCGCCAACGUGGCCUCGGUUGUGAUCGGCGAGACUGGGCCGUUCAUCAAGGACUGGGUCACCUGGAACCAGGUGUUCUUGUUGGUGGAUAUUAUCUGCUGCUGCGCAAUCAUCUUCCCGAUCGUGUGGUCGAUUCGGUCGCUGAGGGAGACUUCCAAGACCGACGGGAAGGCCGCCAGGAACUUGGCCAAGUUGACCCUUUUCAGGCAAUUCUACAUGGUCGUGAUCGGGUACUUGUACUUCACGAGAAUUGUGGUGUUUGCGCUCAGGACCAUUGCGGCGUACAAGUACCAGUGGGUGAGCAAUGCGGCCGAGGAGAUUGCGAGUCUUAUGUUCUAUAUGGUGAUGUUCUACAUGUUUAGACCUGUGGAGAGGAACGAGUACUUUGUGCUCGACGAGGAGGAAGAAGAGGCCGCCGAGAUGGCUCUUAAGGACGAAGAUUUCGAGCUUUGAAUUGGGUAGUGAAAGAGAUUUUCUUUUUGCUGGCCCCCUUAAUCAAAUGCACGCUUUGCGGGUUGUUUAGCGGAUCUACAAAUAUAAUUGCUGGGUCAGAUCGCUGUCACUUCUGUUUUGCACUUCCUUUUUUGAUUUUUGGGGAAAAAAACCUGUUUUUAUCAAUGUUCCAUGUUUAUGUGAUAGUGCCUUUAUGCCUGACCAUUGAAAUUUUCAUUUUCACUUCAUAAUGCUGUCAAUGAAUUAUGCAAUAUAGAUGUAGUUUACCUUC